GUUGUUGGAUGUUUAGAACCUAAAUCGGCGUCGAGUCUUGGAGACAACUAGACGCAAAUCGAAUUUCGAGAGGUGGACCGGUUCGACCGUCGGUUCUCUGCUUGGCAAAUUGAAAACAUAAACACACGGUGCUCCAGUGUUUUCGAAAGUUUUUCCGAUACAGUUUUUCACCUCUCUGAGUAGCCGUGUUUUUGGGAAAAGGAGGAAAAAGUAAAAGAAAACACACGCGUCACACGAAAUCAAACGGAACCUGCUGCCGCGGAUUUUUAGAAUUAAGAAUAACAAUACCAGAUUACAAUUCAAACGAUAGUUUCAAUCUAAAUAAAACUACAAACGCGAGUUGAAAAAAAAACCUGACGUGAUGAAACUUGUUAAGUAUAUUUCCCGGUUUCAGUGAUUGAAAAUCUAUAAGAAACGGCAAGGUGUUACGCAGGCUCGUUAAAGUCGCCGCUCUAAUUCAAGCAUAGUGUAGUAUCGUAUCGAAAUUUUGAGCACAGACAUAUUUUGGGACUGGAAUUACGGCGAGCUGUGACGACUGAUUGUCAGCUAAAAAAAAACGUCAUAGACACAAUGUCCAUUGCGGUGAACGGAAAGGCCAAUCUGGUCGAGAGCAUUGGCCGCCGAAAUGCGAUCCCCGUCAUUCAUGCGAGAGGAACUCACUACGAGAUCGGUUUCGACAUAGGACGAACAUUUGCGAGCCUGAUUCAAAAUUACGUUAGCAAUUACAGCCCGUUGAAUGAGUCCUAUUUACCAUUAUACGAAACUGAAGCAGGACGCAGAGUAUACGAGGAUACGUUGGCCAGCGUUAAGGAACAAUUUCCACAGUACGUGAGGGAAAUUCAAGGGACUGCAGAUGGAGCUAAAGUACCUUUUCACAAGCUCUUCCUCAUGCAUCUCGAUGAGAUUCUGCCCGUCGCAGCGACUGGUACUCCUGAGAAUACUAAACCGGUCGGCUGCUCGACUGUAAUUUGCAACCAACCAGGCCAGGAAAUAUUGGGUCAUACCGAAGAUGCGUUAGACGAAACAGUGAAUCAUUGGUACCUUGUGUCGGCACACAUUGUCGAGCCUGGUCUCAGAGAGGAGAAGUUUACGUCGCUCAGUUACGCCGGUUUUCUUCCUGGUUACACGAUGGGCUUCAAUCAUCACGGUCUGGUGUACAGCAUCAAUACUCUGAGCGCCAACACACUGAGAUCUGGGAAAACUCCCAGGUACUUCAUCACUCGUUCUCUGCUCGGCGUUGAGAACUUUGUGCAAGCGCAACAAACACUGAGAAACGAGGGGUAUGGAGCAGCGGAAGGAUUUUCAGUCAACAUGACAUUUCUCACUCAGGAAGGAGACAGAAUGUUUCACAAUGCAGAAGUUGGCCCGGUAGAAAUCGGAGCUUCUCAAUCACAGCUUAGCAUUCUGACUGCCAGUCCCGGGGAACAGUUUUAUCACUGUAACAAAUACUUAAGACUACGUGUACCUGAAGUUGAUGGUUUGAUUAUUAAAAGCAGUGAAUGCAGAAUGGCUGCAAUUUCUCGUCAUCCUUCACCCAAAAAUCGUCAAGAUGUGAUUAAUAUUUUGGGAGAUCAGACUGAUAAUGAGUUCAAAGUCUUCGAGUCCGGAAACGAGGAUGGCAUCACAACUAUCGCUGUCGGUAUAUUUGACUGCAUUGAGAAAACCUGGUCCGUCUAUACUGACAAUCCAAAAAGCAAUGAUCCGAUAUUGGUGGUACCGUUACAACUGAACAACAACAACAACACAAUCAGUGUUUCAAAAAAUCAACCAUCUGACAUUGGAAUAUAAUAACUACAGUAGAUAACAUUAUAGGAAAUAAAUUGUUCACGUGCUUUUACUUUGCCUCAAAAUGCAGAAUCCAUUUAGAUCAUCUUAACUGGAGAUGAUAAGAGUUUAUGUGACUAACAUUAUAUCAGGUAAUACUUAUAGUUUAAAUGUAAACUUUUAUUUAUUAUUUGUGGAAUUGUAAGAUAGUUCAAGCUAUGAUGAUGGCUUAAAAAAGAUCGCGUAUUAUUCUUGCAUCACAUUCGCGAUAACUACUGCGUGAAUAUGUAAACGUGCGAUUAAUUAGCAUGUUAGAUAAAUUUGAAUAUUCAACAAGCGACAGGUAAUAUUUUUCUUUUUACACAUCGCAUUACUUGGCAAUGAAUAUCGCCCAGUUGAAUUUAUGUGUAUAAUGAAAUUUAUAGCAAUUCCUAUUACAAACGAAAUUCUAUAAUUGAUUUAUCAAACGUUUAUCUUCACUCAUUACCGAUCCUUAAUUUAUGGCAAAUUAUAUACAAGCAGCAUCUUGAAUAUACUUUAAAAAGACUUUGAAAGACGUUACAUAUUUUUAUAAGAUCCGUUGUUAUUUAUUACUGAACAUAACGACUGUUACCUAGCUAUAAGAUAACGAAAAUAACAACAAUAAUUUUAGACAUGAUUAAUAAUACUUAAUUUUUGUUUGUUCGAUGGCUUAAACAAUUACGUGAUGAUAAUUCUGUUCGGGAAAUUCUUUUGAAGUGACCCCUGUUAAUUCGUCGUCUGUUUUGCGAUUCCAGCGGGAUUCAGAGCUGUAAUUAUUAGGUAUGUGUUAAGCUUUUUCGUAUAUCGGCACUAUUUUAUUUUAACAAAUACCAUUCUCGAGAAUUUUUACAAAA